AUGGCGCCCGCUGCUGGAGCAAAGAAGCAAAAGAAGAAGUGGUCCAAGGGCAAGGUCAAGGACAAGGCCCAGCACGCCGUUCUCCUCGACAAGACCACCUCUGAGAAGCUCUACAAGGAUGUGCAGUCCUACCGCCUCGUCACAAUCGCCACCCUCGUCGACAGAAUGAAGAUCAACGGCUCGCUGGCACGGCAGUGCAUCGCCGACCUGGAGGAGAAGGGCAUCAUCAAGCCCGUCGUUACGCACAGCAAGAUGAAGAUCUAUACCCGUGCCGUCGGCGCUUCCUAA